UUUAAUGUUUAUAAGUGAGAUACAUCAAUUAAUUACGUAUUCAAAAAUUUACGAUUGUCAGUGAAACAUGUUAUUAAAAAUGAAUUUUAUUGUUGUGGCAUUGUUAGGACUGUGCUUAGUGAAUACAACUUUAAGUGCUCGAAUAUUAUUCGUAAUGAUAGCUCCAUCCUUAAGCCAUCACAUAUUCUUUCGGCAUCUAAUCAAAGAACUGUCUUUUCGAGGCCAUGAUGUCGUCUCAAUUACUCCUGAUCCUAUGAAUGAUCCAAAAUUAAUAAAUAUAACAGAAAUUGAUAUUCAUAAUGAGAUGUAUGGUUCGUUCGAUGCCCAAACAUGGCUUGAAGCAGCUCAAUAUAAAAAACCUUCAGAAGUUGAUAUUAUGCGAUCAUUUUUGCCAGCUUUUUACAAAGCAGCUGAUCAAGUAUUGAGUGCACCUAAAAUUUAUGAAUUAAUUCAUAAUCAAAAUGAACAUUUCGAUUUAGUGAUAGUUGAAAUGUUAAUGGUUAACGCUCAUUUCUUUGGUUUUCGAGAACGAUUUAAUUGUCCUGCUAUUGGUUUAGCGUCUUUGGAUACAAGUCUUAAUGGCAUGGAUGCAAUUGGAAAUCCAGCCGAUCCUAAUUAUUAUGGUAGCUUUUUUACUGAGUUUUCGGGUGGAAAUUUGAAUUUUUGGGAACGGAUACAAUUAUUAUGGCAUCAUAUUGAUUUUCGAUUGUAUUAUUACUUUGAAUUUUUACCAAUCUCCGAUGUAAUGAUUAAAAAACAUUUUAAUAUAACUGAUAAAACGGCUUGGGAAUUGGAAAAGUCUGUGGAUUUAAUACUAACUAAUACAAAUCCUAUAUUUCAUAUACCCAGACCAAAAGUUCCAAAUUAUAUUGAUAUUGGUGGCAUGCAUAUGAGAGAACGAAAACCAUUACCAACGGAUUUGAAACAGUUUUUGGAUGAUUCGAAACAAGGUGUUAUUUACUUUAGUUUAGGCUCAAAUGUAAAAAGUAUAAAUUUACCAACUGAUAAAAGGACAGUUAUACUUAAUGUAUUCAGAAAUUUGCCUUAUAAUAUAUUAUGGAAAUGGGAAAAUGAUACUUUACCUGAUAAACCUGGAAAUGUUUUAAUCAAAUCUUGGCUCCCCCAACAAGACGUACUAGAUCAUCCAAAUUUGAAAGCGUUUAUCACCCAAGGUGGUAUACAAUCCAUGGAAGAAGCUAUUCGAAGUAACGUACCACUUAUUUGUGUACCAUUUGGCGGCGAUCAACCGUUUAAUGCCCGUCGAAUUGUAGACCUCGGAAUUGGUAGACGUUUACCUUUUGAUGAUAUAACCGCCGACACGCUACUAGAUGCCAUAACCGAUGUAGCUUCCAAUCCAAAAUAUAAGAAAAGUAUUACAAAAUUAGCUUCAGUUUUAUGGGAUCAACCUACAAAACCUUUAGAUCGUGCUGUUUGGUGGGUGGAAUAUGUAAUUCGACAUGGUGGUGCUAAGCACUUACGUUCUCCUGCAGCUGAUUUUCCGUGGUAUAAGUACUUGAUGCUAGAUAUUAUUGGUUUUGUUUUAGCUGUAGGAAUUAUCGCUUUAAUUUUAAUUAUAAAAGUGAUAAAAUUACUUUUUAAAAUUAUCCCUUUAACAAAAAUUAAAUAUAAGGAAGAAUAAUAAGCUAUGUUUAUUAGAUGAGACACAAUUUAACAUGAGACACAACAUAAUUUUUAUGUUGAAAAUUUCUGACAAGCAUGGUUAAUCUUGA